CAAACAUUUAAAUUUACCGCGCAAGUAAUCAAAGAAUUAAUAAGCGUGCAUUCAAAAAUGCUCUAGCUCUAGCCCUCAGUGUAUGUUAACCCUUGGUUAGAGCUAUUAGGGAAACCUCCUUCUAAUUUCCAUAUGAAUUUAAAAAAAAAUCAUCACAAUCAUCAACACUCAGCAAAAUAAUAACCUAUAGUUCCAUAUUUAAAUAAAAAUAAAAACUAUCACUCCCAUUAGUAAAUCUUCAUUACCAACCGAGCAUCUACGUCACAGUUGAAUUAAACCUUGACAAUUAUUUAUAAAAACCAUCAACAUUUAAUACACAAUCAAAUACCCGACUUACUAUUAUUUUUUUCACCGGCUCCAUUCCACUGAGUCCCAACUGAUUCCCGUGCUACGAUGAUUUCAGAAUCAUUUAAUUCAAACUCUCAGUCUCCACAAACUGGCAACUGAUCAUCAUCAACACUAACUUAUCAAAAAUGUUGAACAUUUACGGAAUUUUAUUAAUUUACUUAUUUAAUAUCGAAGCUGCAACGAUUUCUGGUAAAAAUGUCAUCAGCAAUAGCACCAGUGUUAAAAAUAAUAAUGCAGUAAUUAUAAAUUUAAUUAAAAAUGACUCUAAUCUCUGCCCAACAUCAUCAAUAAUCAAGAACUCCAAGUACACAAAUGAAUUCUGUUCAAAUUUAACCAUACCCUCGUCCCCUGAAAUGGAGAUAACCCGGGAAAAUAUAAACCAGUAUCUGUGUCUAGCUCUGAUGGACCGGUCAGUAAAAUUGUGUCGCUCAAACAGCUUGGCAACGAAGGAAACAGACCAGGUAUCACUUCCUGAUCAAACGGAAUUUGAUAACCAGGUCAGUGAUUACUUGAAAAAUGAACCGGGGUUCAAAGAUUUAGAGAGCGUUUGCCACUACUGGGGUAGCGAUGACACAUUCAGGUAUGAUCGGACUAAAAAUUACGUUGAUGAGUUAUCCCAGGUGCUGAGGAAGGAUUUUCAAUGCAUAAAGCUGUGUGCUGUUGACAAAACCAAUAGAUUUAAUGCUCUUUGUGUUAUGGUUUACUUGGUUGAUAAGCUGAUUGAUGAUAAUCAUCAUCAUAGUCAAGGAAAUUCUGGGUCAGAGAAACAGGAAAGGGGAGAAAUUAAAGCUCAGAUUGCAAAGCAGGAUGUUAAAGGAAAUAGUGGAUCAACUAUUAGUGAUCCGAAGGUAGAAGCUGGUAAGGAAGAUGUGAAAAAUGAAGGAAUUAAUGGAGAUCAUGGACCUGGACCUGAAAAUGGAGACCAUGGACUUGGAAAAGACCAUAGUCUGGAAAAUAGAGAUCAUGAACCUGGAAAAGGAGAUCAUGGUCCAGAAAAGGAAGACCAUGGUCCAGAAAAGGAAGACCAUGGUCCAGAAAAAGAAGACCAUGGUCCAGAAAAAGAAGACUAUGGUCCAGAAAAUGGAAAUCAUGGUCCAGAAAAUGGAAAUCAUGGUCCAGAAAAUGGAGAUCAUGGUACAGGGAAUGGAGAUCAUGGUACAGGAAAUGUUGAAGAACAUGGUAUAGUGAAUAGUGAUAAAAAGACUGAAAAAAUAGAAGAAUCAGUUGAUAAAAAUUCUGAUAAUGGAAUUAAAAAAGAAAGUGAUAAAGUUGAUGAUAAAGAAUCAGCUAUAGUUGAAAAAACUGGUGUUUUAGAUCAAGUUCCUAUUGAUACUAAUGAAGAAGCUUUUUCAUCUGAUGACAAUCUAAUGCCAACUGAUCCUGAUCCAGCGAACGACGAUGGAGAUGAUCUAGAUACCGACACGAUGGCUAAGGAAACUAAGCAGAGUGACAAGGAAACUGUGGACAUGGUACCGAGGUUGAGCAACAUGCCCAAGGACGAUGAUGACUCUCAUUUCUUUGGGUACUUUACGAUACUGGGACUCAUUUGUGGAAUGGGUGGAUGCCUUCUUUAUCAUCAUAAACAAAAGAUUUUAGCAAUUUUAUUAGAAGGAAGAAGAUCACGUGGUGGUAGAGGAAGAAGAAGACCAAGUACUGCUAGUUAUCGUAAACUUGAUUGUACAUUAGAAGAGGCUGUUACCUCUCAAUGCAACUCAAACGUCACGAAUGUUAUUUAUUAACUAGACUAAUUAAUUAGUUUAAUUUUUAAAAAAAAAAUUUUUAUUCACUCAAAAAUUACUAAACUUUAUUUUUUCAUGUUUAUAUCUUAUAAUUAUUUAUGCACUCAUAAAAUUAAUACUCGAUUGCGAACUUUUAAAAACAAAUCUAAGUGUCAAGUGUCUUGUGUUUACAAAAAUAUCAUUUUUUUUUUCGUUAAUUAAAAAUGUAAAUAAUUAAAAUGUUUCUGUAAACAAUAAAAUAAUUGAUUAAAAUAUAAACAGAUAAAUAAAUGAA